ACAAUCUAAAUUGUCAUGCACUGUAACGGAGACUCCGCCGGGAGUCUCUUCUUCUUCUUCUCUCCCUCUUCCCUCUCCCCCACCCACCCCCCCCCCCGAAAAAAAGAAAAAAGAAAGAAAGUCUCGCGGUCUCCGUCCAGCCCAUCCAGACAGUUCACACGCUCGUGUUCACGCGGCCCCUUGUGUGUUUUUUUGGUGGUUGCAGGUGGGCUAUCGUCACCCCUGCAGCGCGCCUCUACCGCCUCGCCCCACGGGGUCGGGGGUGUUGUGCCGCCUUCGUCCCACGUGUCCUCCCAGCAACCACCGCCGCCACCGCCAGCAGCAGUCUCCCUCCCCCCGCGCUCCACCCCCACGCCAUCCUCUGCCACCUCGACCACGUCCAGCCUCCUCUUCCCCCCACCCCUGCAAAACGUCGAGACGUUCGGCUCGUUCCUCGGCGAAGAGAUCGUCGCCAACUGGAGGCGGACGUUGGAGAGGUCCAUCAUGAAUCAGCAACAACAGCAGCAACAACAAUCGAACCCGUUGAGCCAAUUGUCGCAGCAACAGCAAGGCCAACAACAACCGCUGAUCGGCCUCCACCCGCCCGCGGCGAGCAGCGGCCUGAAUCAUCUUCCAUCGCCCACCGAUCCCUCGUCCAGCUCCAACACCCCCGCCAAAUCGAACACCCCCCUAGGAACGACCCCGCUCAGUUGCCUCGACGCGGAGAAAGCGCCGACACCUGUCUCCGGCCACGAGACACCGGCGCCACCUACGCCAUCCUCGACGACAGCGUUAACGUCGCCACCGAGCUUUCAACCGCCGACCUCCGUCAUCGAGACCACCACCCCCUCCGCCUCCGUCAACGGCGCGACCCUCACGCCCGCCGUCCUUGCCCCAGCGCCGCCCCCCAAGAGCCCGCCCGACCAGGAACCUUGCCACAACAACAACAACAACAACAGUCAUCAUCUGGCCAACAACAAUAAUAACAAUAAUAACAAUAACAACAACAACAACAACAACAACAACAACAUAGGGGGGUUGAGCGUGCUGGACACGCUGAAGAGCCCGUUCCGGUUCGACGAUAGAACGCAUCCGUUCCGAUUCAGCGACGAGUUCGGGCCUACGGGGAUGCCGGUCAGGCUGGGCGAGUCCCUGAUCCCGAAGGGGGAUCCGAUGGAGGCGAGGCUGCAAGACAUGCUUCGCUACAACAUGGACAAGUACGCGUCGCAGAAUCUGGACACGUUGCACAUAGCUAGGAAGGUGAGGGAGCUGUUGUCGAUACACAACAUCGGGCAGAGGUUGUUCGCCAAGUAUAUACUCGGGCUGAGCCAGGGAACGGUGAGCGAGUUGCUGAGCAAACCGAAGCCGUGGGACAAGCUGACGGAGAAGGGGCGAGACAGCUACAGGAAGAUGCACGGGUGGGCGUGCGACGAAAACGCUGUAAUGCUGCUUAAAUCUCUAAUACCGAAGAAAGAGUAUGUUUCAGGCAAGGAGCAGGGAAUGCCAGCGUUCGCGCGUGGCCCACAGGAAGGUGGCCCACCUGAGAUGAGUGACGAGAGGUUGGCGCACAUUCUCUCGGAAUCGGGCCACUUACAAAUGAGAAGUGAGCACGAGGUGUCGAACGACGCGGACAGCAAAAGUCCGAAUAGAAUCGGUUGUCCGAGCCCCUUUAACAAAGAGAGGCUCGACAGUCAAAAUAGGAGACUGAAGAAAUACGAGAACGACGACAUUCCGCAAGAGCAGGUAGUCAGGAUUUAUCAGGAGGAGCUGGCCAAAAUAAUGGGGAGAAAGGUGGAGGAUACGCGUGGACCCAGAGAGUUUUCUUCCAGUGGCGGGAUGUUCACGCACUUUUUCAGCGGCACGCAGGAGGAUUUCCGGCUGGCACUUGGCGCGUACCACCGUGAAAUGCAGAAACUGAACGCCACACCGGGUCAGAGCCCUUCGCUGAGCGGACUGCCGGGAUUGGCCGGGCUGCCCGGCCUGCUGGCGCUUCAGCAGCAAGCGCUUCAGCAGCACCACCUGGCGACGAACGGCGGCGGUGUCCAAGACCUGAGCCUGGGCAAGGUGCAAGAUCCGAGGGGCAAGAUGAUAAACGGUGUCACGGAGGAGGAGAAAGAGAAGAUGGAGGAAGCGAUGAGACACGCCGGUAGCGCUUUCUCGUUGGUCAGGCCGAAACAGGAAGCGUCCACGGCGCCACAGUCGACGCCUGGUGGAUCCAGCGCGAGUUCGCCGCUCGGCAACUCGAUACUUCCACCGGCGAUGACACCUAGCGAGGAGUUCUCGGGUGCAGCGGCGGCUAGCCCUCUACAGAGGAUGGCCUCCAUCACGAAUAGUCUGAUCAGUCAACCGUCCACGCCUACCCACCACACGGCCAACCAGAGGCCGCUGAAAGCGGUACUUCCACCCAUCACUCAACAACAGUUCGACCUGUACAAUAACUUGAACACGGAGGAUAUAGUAAAGAGAGUGAAGGAACAGUUGUCCCAGUAUUCCAUCUCCCAACGCCUGUUCGGCGAAUCCGUGCUGGGCUUGUCCCAAGGAUCCGUUUCCGACCUGUUGGCGCGUCCCAAACCGUGGCACAUGCUGACGCAGAAAGGCCGCGAGCCGUUCAUCAGGAUGAAGAUGUUCCUCGAGGACGACAACGCGGUUCACAAACUGGUUGCCAGCCAAUACAAGAUCGCCCCUGAGAAGCUGAUGAGGACCGGCGGCUACGGUGGCCUGCCUCGUAAGUUUAACUCAGCCUGCGGAACACCGAUGAAGCCCAUGCCUCCCACGAAACUGGUCCAGGAACAGCUUCAAAACGCGGCGAAGGCGCAGGCGGCGGCGGCGCAAGCGGCCGCCCAGGCGGCGGCGGCGGCCCAGCACCAGCAGGAGAGCCAGGCGGCGGCGAUGCAGCUCGGCCCCCCUCAGCAGAGUCCCCAACACCCGCAGCAUCCUCAGCCGCCUCCGCCGAUGAUGCUGACCCCGCCGGGCCCCACCACCCCCACGCCUCAGCUCAGCAUGCAGGAGCUGCAGAAGAAGCAACAGCAGCAGCAGCAGCAGCAGCAGCAGCAGCAGCAGCAGAUGAACCUCCACUCGCCCCACCACCAGAUGACACCCUCGCCCCUCCGCGGCCUCCACCCGCACAUCUCGCCCAGCGUGUACGAGAUGGCCGCGCUGACCCAGGACCUCGACACGCAGACGAUCACGACGAAGAUAAAGGAGGCGUUGCUCGCGAACAACAUAGGGCAGAAGAUAUUCGGCGAGGCUGUCCUCGGGUUGUCGCAGGGGUCCGUGAGCGAGUUGCUGAGCAAACCGAAGCCGUGGCACAUGCUGAGCAUAAAGGGACGGGAACCGUUCAUCAGGAUGCAAUUAUGGUUAUCCGACGCUCACAACGUCGACCGGUUACAGGCGCUGAAGAACGAGCGCAGGGAGGCGAACAAGAGGCGGCGCAGCAGCGGCCCAGGCCACGACAACAGCUCGGACACGUCGAGCAACGACACGGCCGAGUUCUACCACGCGGCGUCCCCAGGCCCGGGCCCCGCCUCCGCCAAGAAGCAACGGGUCCUCUUCUCCGAGGAGCAAAAGGAGGCCCUGAGGCUGGCGUUCGCCCUCGACCCUUACCCCAACGUGGCCACGAUCGAGUUCCUCGCCGGCGAGCUAGCCCUCUCCUCGAGGACGAUAACCAACUGGUUUCACAAUCAUCGGAUGAGGCUGAAACAGCAGACGCCCCACGGCCAGCCCGAGCCCCAGUCGCCCAGGGAGCCCGGCCAGCCGUUCGACCCUGUCCAGUUCAGAGUAUUAUUAAACCAAAGACUGUUCGAGAUCCAGAAGGAGAGGCUGGGCCUGGGCAACGUGCCCCUGCCCUACACCCCCUACUUCAACCCGAACCUGGCCGCCUUGGUGGGGAACGCGUUGAAGGAGCAAUGCUCGGGCCUCGACCUCUCCAUGAACGCUUUGAAGAGGGAGCCGAACCAAGAGUUCGAGGACGAGGACGCGGAGGACGCGAUGAGCAACCUCGGGAGCGAGGACUCGGAGGGGUCGGCGGGCAGCAUAAAGCGGGAGCCGGCCGAGACGCCCACCGCGCCCACCACGGUCAGAUCGAACAGGAGGAAACCGGCUGCCCCCCAAUGGGUGAACCCCGAGUGGCAGGAGCCUGCCAGGGGGGCGGGGGACGAGGUGAUCAUAAACGGGGUGUGCGUGAUGCAGACCGACGAUUACGGGGUGAAGAGGGAGGCGGAGGAGACGAUCAGGGUGGAGCCGACCCCGGUCCAGGACAGAUACGAGGAGGACGCGCAGAGCGACGUGUCCUCCGUCUCUGGAAACAACGGCCAGGACCGGGACAGCCCUUUGCCAAGCCCCAAGUCGGCCCAGAACAGCCCGGCCGCGUCCCCGAGGCCGCCCUCCGCUCACCAGACCCAGCAGUCCACCGGGGAGGGGAGUCCCAAGGAGAGCGUGGUGAAACACGAGCCGGAAGAGACGUGGGAUUAUUAAAGGACCGGCGGGUUCGGGUCUUUGUGUACGCUGUUUUCGUGAUAUCCGUUUCCGUGACGAUUCGAACACGGUGUUUCGAGCCGGGUGAGCGAGAGCGAGAGAGAAAAACAUGCCAAAAUAAAUGCGAGUGUGCAGUCCCGUUCUAGCGUGGACUACGGCCUAGUUAAGUUCGUAGAGAGAGGGGGGGGGAGGGGGAGAGAGGAGGGGGAAGAAGAAAACCAGUCAUAGGAUUCGGCCAGACCUGGUUGGUCGAUUCCUGCCUACCACGAGGGCAUUAUCAAUAGGGAGGCAAAUACAAAGUUAGGAUAACGUGAAACAAAAUGAGUAAGAAAAAGAGAGAGAAAAAGAUAAGGGAUAAUGAAUAAAAAGACACGUCAGUGGAGUAUUUUGGAGAAAAGAUGCCCGGAAAAAAAGACUUUCCGGGUGACUGACUCUGCGUCGAACGGAGUCAGAGACACGCCGCUUAUCAAAGAAGACGGAGCUCAAUCAAAAAAAAAGGAAGAAAAAAAAAAAAAAAAAAAAAGAAAAG